UCAUGGUGUGUUCAAAUGCAUAGUUCGCAACAAAUAAAUAAUACCUUCCACACAAUUUGACACCAGAUUAUUAUGUUGCUUUCUGCGAAAGCUAUUCAAUCCUCGGACAAAUAACAAAAGGUUCUGGUCGUUUUUAUGGUGACGUUAAUCAUAACAGAGUUAGGCAGCAAUGGUGACAGACGUUUGUCACUGUGACCUCUGUAAGAGUGAAGAAAAAGAGGCAUGGUUACAUUUUCUGUUUUAUUGUUUCGGGUAUAUCGUCAUUGUCUUUGUACCGGUGCGCGUGCGCUUCUUGAACUACUGAUGAAAAAAGUGGCAAAUGGACAGAGGAAGAAAUCGAGAUGCUUCGCGCAUGCGUGCAUCGCUUCGCCAUUGAUCUGAACAAACUGAGCCAGCACAUCAAAAACAGAACCGCGUCGCAGAUUCGUACUACACUCAAGAAAAAAGCGUUCGAGGACGCAGGUAUACCUGUCAGGCAGGUAAGCAGCACUGUGACCAACUGCCAAACUCCGUCGCCGACUCCCCAGCCAUCGACUCCGACGGUGUCGCAAUUGCAUCGGCGGCGUCGGCGAAACAAGGGCCACCGGCUCUGGCGAAAAUACGGCAUUGAUGGCAUGCCAAAAGUGACUCUGAACAUGUUGAACGCGACCGAGAACGAGGUCGACGUCGAGGGUCUGACCGGAGAUGUCAAACUCGAGUUCGAGCCGGCGGACGAAGUAGCCACCUGAAACCUGUUUAGCUUCUCGUACUAGCACGCAGUGCAAGAAGCAACCCUCUCCCUACACUCGGAUAACAGCAUCAUAUAAGUGAAAGGACAAUGCUUUGGAAUGGUGUUAAGCUGGAUCUGGACUGUUGAGGUCGCGGUUGUUCGCGCCAAGUUUUCGUAGUCGACGCCGUAGUGGGUAGUAAACCAAUGUUGGAUGGUACUAUGCUACAAGAAGAUAAGGAUUUUAUUCCACGCCAUAUUACGGUAAAUAAAGCGUUUCGCUGCAGGGUCACCGUUGAAAAUUGAUGUUGAUCGUUCGCAAUGCUGACUCUGUUGUAACAACUUUAUUUGCGUGUGAGAAUAUGGUGCGGUCCGAAAUCAACCCCCGGUAUAAAACCCGGUUUAAGGUUUUUUUCUUUGUUUACGUUAAAUACAUAUUAUAGUUUAGUUUAAAAUAGCCCUAACGUUUAUUGAGGUGGCUCUAUGUGGGAUGUGGUCUAUCCCGCGCUGUUGUCUAAUCCCCUCCGGCACCCGCAAGUACUGUAAUUAUAUGAAGUUAAUUUUAA